GCUAACUUUAGCCCUCUCCCACACUCUAUGCGUCUUUUAAGCACAGUGGAUAUUUGACUCCUCUACACAAUGUUAGUCGCCAUUGUACUAUAGGAAGAGCAACACUUCUAGAUUACAUUGCGAUGUGCUUAUAGACUUGUUGGGAAUUCUUUGGAACCUUUUUUUUUUUUAAAUUCUAAUUAUCGUCAUUUAUGCAGCUUUAAAUCAGUAACACGCCCAAACAAGAGACAAUGGCUUUGGUGUUUUUGUAUACUCUUUGCACUUGUGUAUUUAGCGUAACGAUGGGCACGGGUUUUAUUUAUCGCCUCCCAGGCAUCACUGUACAGAGGCAGCGCAUCAUAACCGACCAGAGUGGCAGCAACACUGGACCACCCGGUACAGGAUCACACACCCAACUCAGGAACUGGUGUCAGUAUGCUGUCUCCAAGAUGGUGUCCUGUCAGGUGCCAAAUGGCACCGAAACCACCGUGCAGAGAGUGUUCCAAUCCUGCCGUUGGCCUGGACCUUGCUCCAAAGUCAUCAGCUACAGGACCAUCAUCAGACCAUCUUUCAAGGUUGCCUACAAGCAGGUGACUGCGCUGGAGUGGAGGUGUUGCCCCGGGUUUGUUGGCCAGGAGUGUCGUCAAGAGUGCAUGAACUGCACCAUGUUCGCUGACAUGAGCAACAGGGUAGAUGCCAUCGAAUCAAAGAUGAAGCAGCUGGAAGAAAGACGUACCCCAUCACAAGCAGACAACAGUCCACCACAGGCGUCGGCUGAUAACGAGGUGGACGCUCCACAACCCACUCCUAUUGGACCGCCAUCAUACCUGCCACCAGCAGGAGGAAGAGGCCCCCAAGGCCCUGUUGGACCACCAGGGCCUCCUGGCACAACUGGACCAGCAGGACCACCUGGUAGAUCAGGUCUUCCCGGACCAAUUGGACCAAAAGGGGAGAGAGGUCUACCUGGUGAAAUGGGUCUCCCCGGCCCACCUGGUCCACCUGGUCAUCCUGCUGCUCCUUCCAGGUCAUCUACUGUACAACUGAGGGGGGAUGUGUUUCAAGUGGAUCAUCAAGAGGAAGACCACAUCCGUCCAGCUGGCCCUCCUGGUCCAGCUGGCCCCAUUGGCCCUCCAGGUCCUCCUGGACCGACAGGGCCUGCAGGGAUUCCAGGCAUGCCAGGGCAAGAUGGCAAGGAAGGCGUCCAGGGCAAUCCUGGGAACAUUGGACCUAAAGGUGAUGCAGGAGAAAGGGGGCCUCCUGGUGCAAUAGGAGAACAGGGCUUAGCCGGGCCACCGGGGCCUAAAGGAGAGCGAGGUGAAGGUUUAAAUGAGGGGGACACGGUGCCGCAGCUCAGGGAAGCCCUGAAGAUCCUGGCUGAGAGAGUCCUGAUCUUGGAGCACAUGAUUGGCAUUCAUGAAAACCCAGAGGGAUCUGGUUUUGGUGCCAUUUUGGACCCCCUUUCCUUCACAAGCGGGAAGACCAAGCGCCUGCAACCUGUUCAAGCUCCCACACUACAGGAGGGACAAAGACCAGUUCCCCUUUAGGCAAUAUUUUAGUGAACUCGGUUUGGUUGACUUGGCUGGAUGGUUCAUUUUUCUCACACUUUUAUCUGCUUUUUUUUCUCCCCGUGAGUUAGAUAUGAUGCUUCGUAGUUCCUUUUUGGCCCCGCUGCAGCAGGAUUCGGGCCUACACAAGUGUAGUAGCAGCACUUACAUGAUGUCAGACAGUGAAAUAUAACCCCAUAAACAGUUAUGAGGGUCUUUGCUUCUUUCUUUCCACAGAUAAAAGACAGCCUAGUAAACACAUCACUUUCCUGGCUUACGCUCACUCGCAAAGCUCCCCAGGCUGCAAUAGGCCAGUUCCUGAGAGCCCGGACCCAAAAACUAUUCUGUUUAGUGUCGAACAAUUUCUUGGACUGUCCUCGGGGGUCAUCCCAUGUCGGCCUGUCAAACAUAUUUCUGCUUUACUCUGCCUCGUUAAAGCUGAGGUAAGACGUGACACACUGCCAGCAGUGCCUGCUUAAACUGAAAGUUAGCUGAGAGUGCACAUCUGGAAAACAGAGAGAGAAACAGUCUCCUGCGUGGUUUCACACAACCUGACAGGAUUACAUCUUCAUAAAAGCCUGUUAAAUUUGACAAUAUCAUGUUAUCAAGCGAAACGGUCUCCGAUGAGCUGUGAUGUGGUUUUUGCAGAGACCUUUUGUGCAUUUUUGGCUGUUGCUUUGCUUCCACUGUUUACCGUUAAGCCAAAAAUAAUCCAUACAACGGCUACUUUUUGAGUUAAAUGAAUUUUUAUUUUGAGAAUGUGUAUCUUUUAGCUAAAAAUGACACAAGAAAGUGGCCGAAGGCUAUAAAAUGGUCUGGUUGCCAGACCAUGGUGUAGUUUGUGCUCAAAAUCAAUUUACUUUUACUGAAGUGGAGCAUUUCACCCAUUUUCAUUUGAACUUCAUACAUUUUGCCUGCUCAGGUCAUCAUCAUCAUCAAUAAUUAUGCUGUAAAUACACUCACUGGACACUUCAUUAGGUGCACCCACACAGUCACACACAAGGAUUCUCAACUGGUCUCAUCCUGGUACCCACAUUUCCCCAUGGUUAUUAAGUUACCAUCCACUUUCAAAUCUAGCAUUUGUAUUUUUUAUUAAGAAACACACCCAUAUAUAGGGCAUCUUUUCAAACAUAAAUACACAUAAAUACAUGUAUGUAACGUGUUCCCUCAUUUAUCGUGGGGGGUGGGUUCCCAAAAUAGCCCACAAAAAGCCUGCAAUGUAGCCGCCUUCAUUUUUUCUAAUUAUUACAUAUGUUUGAAGGCUGUAAAACCCCUCACCAUACACUUUUAUACACUUUUCUCAGACAGGCAGUAACAUUUUCUCACAUUUCUCUCUUGUUUAAACACUCGCCAAAAUGUUCAAACCUUCGUGGGAAUUUUAAUGAUCAACGUACAGGUCAGACACAGGAAAUGAUUAAGUGACUCACGCGUGUUUCACUCCUGUGACCGUGCCUCUUUGUCCUGGCGCCUGUACUGUGUCGUUUUAUGAUCCUUGUUAAAACAUAUUGUUGCAGUCCUCCGCCUUCAAACCGAAGAUUCAUUUACAAGCUAGCAAGCUAGCGAUGACCCAGGAGACGUGGCAGGGCUGCACGAAGGACAUUGAUUGACAACGGUCCCUAGCCAAUCAGGACGCAGAAAACAAUGGGCGGUGCAGACAGACAAGAGAAAGAGAAGAGAGCCACUCAACGUCCCACGGUGCAGUUCUUCUCACAGGGCCGGGCUUGCCCUGUAACAGUGUUCAUAUGCUGUAUUUAAAAAAAUUUUUAAAAGCCCUAAAAAAAAAUUCUGCGAAUCCACGAAAGGUGAACCGCGAUAGAGCGAGGGAACACUAUUAGAAUUAAGAACCGUAAGAGGAUAACGUUCAUGUUUAAUGCUCAAUACAAAACAAAUAAUGCUUACUUAAUAUUUGUUUAUACCAAGGAAGAACAGUCCCCAAAAAAAUAUGUUUUCACAAAAUAAACAAAUAAGGAAUAAAUAAAUAAUGUAGUAUGGUUUUAAAAUAUGCAUGAAAAGAAUAAAUAUCCAUCUAUCCAUUUUCUACAAAUAACCAUCAAGAAUAAAUACAUAAAAGAAUAAUACAAAUAAUAUUUAAAAAGCAUUAUAUUUAAUGUUUUUUAUUUUUUUAUUUCAUUUUUUACCAGCUGUCGGCAACCCACUUUAGUGUCCUGACCCACCAGUUGAGAAUCACUGCUCUAACACGAUCCAAUACAAAGGCGUAUCAAAAAAAGCUAUCUUUCCAAAGAUAAUAUUGGUCAAUUGUGGUAUGAAUAUGUUUAGUUUUGUGGUGUACACUGCACUGCAUUGUACUGUUAGUUUCUAAUAUUAUGUAAGCCUCUCUCGCUGAGCUAAUUAAAGCAACCAGUGCAGUUCUACACCAGCAUAAUACUUUAUAUGAAUACCUCAAAUGAUGUGUCCAGCAAGUGUAUAACUUUAAAUGGGCCAAAUGUUUACAUAUUGAUGUACUUUUAAUAGAUUAUUUUUAUAUUGAAGGUACUUUUCCUCAAGUAAAGAA